ACGCAACAUGACGUCAUGACGCCGCGGACUAUGGCGGAAUGUAGCCGAGUUGACAGCAGCAAGGCGAGUGGUCAUACAAUGGAUAAAAGCAUCACUCUCCCUCCAGACGAAAUAUUCCGCAACCUGGAGAACGCCAAGCGGUUCGCCAUCGACAUAGGAGGAUCCCUCACAAAGCUCGCCUACUAUUCCACGGUGCAGCACAAAGUGGCCAAAGUUCGAUCCUUCGACCACUCUGCCAAGGAGGCGGUCGGUGACAAACUGUACGAGAUAUCCGUGCAGGAGGAAGUGACGGCGCGCCUGCACUUCAUCAAGUUCGAGAACGCGUACAUUGAAACGUGCCUGGACUUCAUCAAAGACCACCUGGUCAACACGGACACCAAAGUCAUCAAGGCCACGGGCGGCGGGGCGCACAAGUUCAAAGACCUCCUGGAAAGGAAACUGGGACUCAGAGUGGACAAGGAGGAUGAGAUGACGUGUCUCAUCAAGGGAUGUAACUUCGUGCUGAGGAACAUUCCCCACGAGGCCUUCGUGUACGCCAAACACGCCGACUCCGAGUUUCGCUUUCAGACGACUCAACCGGACAUCUUUCCUUACCUGCUCGUCAACAUCGGCUCCGGGGUGUCCAUCGUCAAGGUUGAGUCCGAGGACAGAUUUGAGCGCAUAGGAGGAAGCUCAAUAGGCGGAGGGACCUUCUGGGGCCUUGGGGCUCUGCUCACCAAAACAAAGAGAUUUGACGAGCUGCUGCAGCUGGCCUCCAAGGGGCAGCACACCAGCGUGGACAUGCUCGUCAAAGACAUUUACGGAGGAUCCUACGGAUCUUUGGGACUCACAGGGGAUCUGAUUGCCAGCAGCUUCGGGAAGUCUGCCACUGCUGACACAGAGUUCUCCAAAGAAGACAUGGCCAAGAGUUUACUCCACAUGAUCAGCAACGACAUCGGGCAGCUGGCCUGCCUCUACGCCAAACUCCACGACCUGUCUCGGGUCUACUUUGGAGGGUUCUUCAUCAGAGGACAUCCAGUCACCAUGCACACCAUCACCUACAGCAUCAACUUCUUCACCAAGGGCGAAGUGCAAGCCUUGUUCCUGAGACACGAAGGCUAUCUGGGAGCCAUCGGAGCGUUCCUCAAAGGAGCAGAGGAGGACAAUCCCAACCAGUACAGCUGGGGAGAGAAUUAUGCAGGAAGCUCGGGUCUGAUGAGUACAUCUCCUGAUAUGAAUCCCAUGCAACGUGCGCGUAGCGGAACGUUUGACAUGCUGGAGAUGGACCGGCUGGAGCGGCAGCUGGUGAAUCUGUCUCUGCUGCAGAACCCCUCGUCUUACAUCCCCGACACGGUGGACCUCACAGCGGACGCCCUGGCCCGCGAAUACUGGCUGGACUGCUUCGAGGAGGCGUUGGACGGGGUGGUGAAGAGGGCGGUAGCGAGCCAGCCCGACAUGCCCGAGUCGCUGGAGCGAGCCGAGAAGUUCCGUCAGAAGUACCGACACAAGCUUCAGACCCUGCGCCACCAGCCCUUUGCUUACGGAUCCCUCACUGUCAGAAGUCUGUUAGACACGCGGGAACACUGUUUAAAUGAGUUCAACUUCCCCGACCCCUACUCCAAGAUCAAGCAGCGGGAGAACGACGGCGCUCUCAAGUUCUACCAGAAGGCCGUGCGGUCUCUGGAGGCCCUGAGCUGGGAGGAGAGACAGUUUGCGCUGGUCAGGGGCGUCCUGGCCGGGAAUGUCUUCGACUGGGGAGCCAAGGCCGUGUCCGACGUCCUGGAAUCCGACCCCGAGUUUGGUUUUGAGAAAGCCAAAAGGCAACUGGAAGAAAGACCCUGGCUUGUUGAUUCAUACGACCAGUGGUUCCGCAGACUUAAGGGGCGCCCUCACAAGUGUGCCUUGUUCUUCGUCGAUAAUAGCGGAGUAGACAUCAUUCUCGGAGUGAUGCCUUUUGUCAGGGAGCUUCUCUCUCGGGGCACGGAGGUUGUCCUGGCCAGCAAUUCGGGUCCGGCUCUAAACGACGUCACAAACGGAGAACUGCAGAUUCUGACGGAGAAGAUUGCCGCCAUGGAUUCAGUCAUCCAGGCGGGGCUGCGGGAGGACCGGUUGACUUUGAUCCCGAGCGGUUCCAGUUCUCCCUGCUUGGACCUGAGCCGUCUGGACAAAGUUCUGGCCAUGGUGGCACGGGAGCGGAACACGGACCUGGUGAUCAUCGAGGGCAUGGGCCGAGCCAUCCACACCAACUACUACGCCACGCUCAGCUGCGAGAGCCUCAAGAUGGCCGUCAUCAAGAACUCCUGGCUGGCCGACCGCCUGGGAGGGAAGCUGUUCAGCGUGGUCUUCAAAUACGAGGUGCCGGCGGGGAAAGACUGUCCGACGGACGCCGCCGUGCCCACGUCACCGUGAGCUCACCAGGACUGAAGGCGUACUGAAUGUAAGGACGUGAGUGAAUGUUUUUAAGGCAAUCAGGCACAGGGACCUAUUUCUUCUACUUCAGCACACAUGCUGCUGCGAUCCCAUCUCACAAAGAACAUGCACUUCUCUGGACAGCCACUUGGUGUCACUCUGCAUCCUGGAGGAUUGUUGGCAAGUCCACCAAAGUGUGUGGCGUCAGUGGACAGCAUGAAUGCAGCAUAUUCCUUUAAUAGCCAUUAAGUGAGUGGGAGCCCCUUCGCCCACUAAAAUGGUAAGUCAUCAUUAUGAGAUGAAAUGUCUUCAUUAUGAGAUGAAAAGUCAUCAUUGUGAGGUAAGAUGUCAUCAUUGUGAGGUAAAAAGUCAUCAUUGUCAGGUAAAAAGUCAUCAUUGUGAGGUAAAAAAGUCAUCAUUGUCAGAUAAAAAGUCAUUAUUGUGAGAUAAAAAGUCCUCAUUGUGAGGUAAAAAGUCAUCAUUGUCAGGUAAAAAAGUCAUUGUGAGAUAAAAAGUAAAUUAUGAGAUAAAAAAUCCAAAUUAUGAGAUAAAAAGUCAUCAUUGUGAAAUAAAAAGUCAUCAUUUUGAGAUUUAAAAAAAGUCAUCAUUGUUGGAUAAAAAAGUCAUCAUUGUGAGAUAAAAAGUUAAUUUUGAGAUAAAAAAAAUCCAAAUUAUGAGAUAAAAAGUCCAUCCAUCCAUCCAUUUUCUACCGCUUAUUCCCUUGGCUCCAGCGCACCCCGCAACCCCGAAGAGAUAAAAAGUCAUCAUUGUGAAAUAAAAAGUCUUCAUUGUGAGAUAAAAAGUCAAUUAUGAGAUAAAAAAAAUCCAAAUUAUGAGAUAAAAAGUCAUCAUUGUGAGAUAAAAAGUCAACUAUGAGAUACAAAAACCCAAAUUAUGAGAUAAAAAGUCGUCAUUGUGAAAUAAAAAGUCGUCAUUGUGAGAUUAAAAAAGUCAUCAUUGUGAGAUAAAAAGUCAGUUAUGAGAUAAAAAAUCAAAAUUAUGAGAUAAAAAGUCAUCAUUGUGAAAUAAAAAGUCAUUGUGAGAUAAAAAGUAAAUUAUGAGAUAAAAAAUCCAAAUCAUGAGAUAAAAAGUCAUCAUUGUGAAAUAAAAAGUCAUUGUGAGAUAAAAAGUAAAUUAUGAGAUAAAAAAUCCAAAUUAUGAGAUGAAAAGUCAUUGUGAAAUAAAAAAUCAUCAUUGUGAGAUAAAAAAGUCAAUUAUGAGAUAAAAAGUCCAAAUUAUGAGAUAAAAAGUCAUCAUUGUGAAAUAAAGUCAUCAUUAUGAGAUAAAAAGUCAAUUAUGACAUAAAAAUUCCAAAUUAUGAGAGAAAAAGUCAUCAUUGUGAAAUAAAAAGUCAUCAUUGUGAGAUAAAAAAAAAAGUCAUCAUUGUGAGAUAAAAAAAAGUCAUCAUUGUGAGAAAAAAAGUCAUCAUUGUCAGAUAAAAAGUCAUCAUUGUGAGAUAAAAAGUCAUUGUGAGAUAAAAAGUCAUCAUUGGGAAAUAAAAAGUCAUCAUUGUCAGAUAAAAAGUCAUCAUUGUGAAAUAAAAAGUCAUCAUUGUGAAAUUAAAAGUCUGAAUUGUUAGAUUAAAAAAUCAGAAUUAUGAGAUAAAAAAAAAUCUAAAUUAUGAGAUAAAGUAAUAAUUAUGAGAUAAAAAGUCAUCAUUGGGAGAUAAAAAGUCAUCAUUGUCAGAUAAAAAGUCAUCAUUGUCAGAUAAAAAGUCAUCAUUUUUUAAAUGAAUCUUUUUUAUCUCAUAAUUGACUUUAUAUCUCAUAAUUCCCACUAUUAUCUCAUAAUUAUGACUUUUUAUCUCAUAAUCUCAAUUUUCUUAUCUCAUGCGAGGAGAAAACGACUUUUUAUCUCCUAAUUACGAUUUUUUAAAUCUCAUAAUUAUGACUUUUUAUCUCAUAAUAUCAAAUGUCUUAUCUAAAAAUGUCCUUUUAAUCUCAUAAUUCUGACAUUCUAUCUCUUAAUUAUGAUUUAAAUCAUGUUUAUGAGAUACAAAUUAUCUCACAAUUUUGACUUUUUAUCUUAUAAUUAUGACUAUAAUAUCAUAAUCACGGCUUUUUAUCUCAUGAUAUUGACUUCUUAUCUCAUCAUUUUGACUUUAACUCCUAAUUUCGAUUUUUUUUUGUCUAAAAAAUUUGAUCUUUUUAUCUCAUAAUUGACUUUGUAUCUCAUAAUUCCGACUAUUAUCUCAUAAUUGACUUUUUAUCUCAUAAUUUCAAUUUUUUUAACUCCUAACUUCGAUUUUUUUAUUUCAUAAUUUCGAUUUUUUUAAUCUCUUUAUUAAUCUCAUAAUAUCGAACGUCUUUUCUCAAAAUGUACUUUUAAUCUCAUAAUUCUGACGUUCUAUCUUUUAUGACUUAAAUCAUAUUUGAGAUAAAAAUGUAUCUCACAAUUUGGACUUUUUAUAUUAUAAUUAUGACUUUAAUAUCAUAAUUACGGCUUUUUAUCUCAUAACUAUGGCUUUUUAUCUCAUAAUUUCGUCUUUAUAUCUCAUAAUUUCGACUUUUUGACUCCUAAUUUAGAUGUUUUCUUUUAUUUUAGGAUUUCGAUUUUUUAAAUCUCAUAAUGACUUUUUAUCUCAUAAUUGACUUUGUAUCUCUUAAUUAUGACAUUUUUUACUCAACAUUAUGACAUUUUGUCUCAUAAUUGUGACUUGUUAUCUCAUAAUUUCAACUUUCUUAUCUCAUAAUUGACUUUUUAUCUCAUCAUUUUUUUAAACUCCUAAUUUCGAUAAUUUUUUAAUCUCAUAAUUAUGACUUUUUAUCUCAUAAUAUCAAAUGUCUCAUCUCAAAAUUUCCUUUUAAUCUCAUAAUUCUGACGUUCUAUCUCUUAAUUAUGAUUUAAAUCAUAUUUACGAGAUACAAAUUAUCUCACAAUUUUGACUUUUUUAUCUUAUAAUUAUGACUUUAAUAUCAUAAUUACGGCUUUUUAUCUCAUAGUAUUGACUUUUUAUCUCAUCAUUUUGACUUUAACUUCUAAUUUCGAUUUUUUUAUCUAAAAAAAAAUAUAUUUUUUUCUCAUAAUUGACUUUAUAUCUCAUAAUUCCCACUAGUAUCCCAUAAUUAUGACUUUUUAUCUCAUAAUCUCAAUUUUCUUAUCUCAUCAUUGACUUUUUAUCUCCUAAUUUCGAUAUUUUUUUCAAUCUCAUAAUUAUGACUUUUUAUCUCAUAAAAUCAAAUGUCUAAUCUCAAAAUGUCCUUUUAAUCUCAAACUUUUGAGGUUCUAGCUUUUAAUUAUGACUUAAAUCAUAUUUAUGCGAUACAAAUUAUCUCACAAUUUUGACUUUUUAUCUUAUAAUUAUGACUUUAAUAUCAUAAUUACGGCUUUUUAUCUCAUAGUAUUGACUUUUUAUCUCAUCAUUUUGACUUUAACUCCUAUUUUCUAUUUUUUUUCUCUAAAAAAAUGUGAUCUUUUUAUCUCAUAAUUGACUUUGUAUCUCACAAUAUCAGAUGUCUUAUCUCAAAAUGUACUUUUAAUCUCAUAAUUCUGACGUUCUAUCUUUUAAUUAUGACUUAAAUCAUGUUUACGAGAUACAAAUUAUCUCACAAUUUUGACUUUUUAUCUUAUAAUUAUGACUUUAAUAUCAUAAUUACGGCUUUUUAUCUCAUAACUUUGACUUUAACUACUAAUUUCGAUUUUUUUAUCUAAAAAAAUAUAUCUUUUUAUCUCCUAAUUGACUUUGUAUCUCAUAAUUCCGACUAUUAUCUCAUAAAUAUGACUUUUUAUCUCAUAAUUAACUUUGUAUCUCAUAAUUCCGACUAUUAUCUCAUAAAUAUGACUUUUUAUCUUAUAAUUAUGACUUUAAUAUCAUAAUCACGGCUUUGUAUCUCAUAACUUUGACUUUAACUACUAAUUUAGAUUUUUUUAUCUAAAAAAAUAUAUCUUUUUAUCUCAUAAUUAACUUUGUAUCUCAUAAUUCCGACUAUUAUCUCAUAAAUAUGACUUUUUAUCUUAUAAUUAUGACUUUAAUAUCAUUAUUAUGGCUUUUUAUCUCAUAACUUUGACUCUAACUACUAAUUUCGAUUUUUUUAUCUAAAAAAAUAUAUCUUUUUAUCUCAUAAUUAACUUUGUAUCUCAUAAUUCCGACUAUUAUCUCAUAAAUAUGACUUUUUAUCUUAUAAUUAUGACUUUAUUAUCAUAAUCACGGCUUUUUAUCUCAUAACUUUGACUUUAACUACUAAUUUCGAUUUUUUUUAUCUAAAAAAUAUAUCUUUUUAUCUCAUAAUUAACUUUGUAUCUCAUAAUUCCGACUAUUAUCUCAUAAAUAUGACUUUUUAUCUUAUAAUUAUGACUUUAAUAUCAUAAUUACGGAUUUUUAAUCUCAUAACUUUGACUUUAACUACUAAUUUCGAUUUUUUUAAUCUAAAAAAAUAUAUCUUUUUAUCUCAUAAUUAAUUUUGUAUCUCAUAAUUCCAACUAUUAUCUCAUAAAUAUGACUUUUUAUCUUAUAAUUAUGACUUUAAUAUCAUUAUUACGGCUUUUUAUCUCAUAACUUUGACUUUAACUCCUAAUUUCGAUUUUUUUAUCUGAAAAAAUAUAUCUUUUUAUCUCAUAAUUAACUUUGUAUCUCAUAAUUCCGACUAUUAUCUCAUAAAUAUGACUUUUCAUCUCAUAAUUUCAACUUUUUUACCUCAUAAUUGACUUUGUAUCUCCUAAUUAAGACUAGUGGCGGAAAGGGGCUUCCAUAAUUUCAUGUACAAUCAGGUGGAAAGAUUAUUUGUCAUUCCUGUGAAGGCUCCAGUGUUUUAAUGAAGUGUCGAGUCCCGGCAGUGUUCGUCAGUCAGGCCGCUGCAGGAUGCACGCCCGUCCACUAGGUGGCAGUGUUCUUCUGUGAAGGCUGCUGCAGGAUGCACGCCCGUCCACUAGGUGGCAGUGUUUUUCUGUUAAGAACGUGCACCCCAACAGUCCUGACUUCCCUUUGAAGUCACUGCGUCUUCUCAGACUCUAAGCUGUGAUUUGGUUCUCAGGUGAGACAUUUCUAGUAUCUCAGCACCUUUACUGACAGAAAACACAUUUGUUCUGUUUUCUUUGAAAGAAGUCUUCAUUCUGGUGUUUCCGGUUUGUGUGCGAGUAGAAAACGACGGCCGUUAAAGAUGGACUUCCCGGGACGAUGAGUUUGAUGGCGAGGGUUUGUUCUUCAACUCUACACUUAUCGAACUAUAAACACUCAACAUGUACACAAACAAUGAAUAGAUAACAUCAAAAAUGAGGGACCAGGACUGUUGAUGUAAAAGUCAUAGAAAAAUAAAGCAAGUUUAUUUUUAUUG